AUGGCUAUUCUGGAAACGUUCAUGACUUCGCUGCCAGGCUGCUCUUGGGGCGGCGCCGUGUCUCUGACUUUGACCGUGGCGGUAGCCUUGUCAGUCGGUGCAAGGCUACAGAAGUACUGGCGCCUCCGACACUUUGACGGGCCGCUUCUUGCCGGCUUCUCACGCCUUUGGCUUCUCCGGACAGUGUGGAGUGGCAAGGCCCAUCUCGAAUUUUGGGACGUGGUUUGCAAAUACGGUUCCAUUGCGCGUGUCGGACCAAACGAUUUGGUUACGAGCGAUCCUGAGCUUGUAAAGCACAUGUACAAUGUCCGAUCCGACUACAGGCGUUCGAGCUGGUAUGAUGGUAUGAGAUUUGAUCCGACCAAGGAUAACUUACUAUCCUUGCGAAAUGAGGACGCGCACAAGGACCUGAGAGCGAAAAUGGCGGCCGGGUACUCCGGCCGUGAAGUUGACGGGCUAGAGCUCAAAGUUGACAAAAACAUUAACCGGUUUAUGGACCUGCUUGCCAAGUACGCCGACAACGACAAGAUCCUAGACUUGGGACGUAAGGUUCAGUAUUUCACAUUGGAUGUCAUUUCGGACAUUGCUUUUGACAAGCCGUUUGGCUUCCUCGAGACGGACUCUGAUGUCUACAGAUACAUCGAAGCCACUGAAACUGCUCUUCCCAUGGUCAUGAUAACGACUGUCGUUCCGGGAUUAGUCAAACUGCUAGCCUCGCGGCUUCUGAAAAGGGCUCUGCCCUCUGAGACAGAUGCAUUUGGGUUUGGAAGAGUAAUACGGAUUGCGAAAGGUGUAGCGGCAGAGCGCUUUGGUAAACACCGCAAGGUUCAGAACGACAUGCUCGGCUCAUUUGUAGCGCACGGAUUGAGUCAAUCAGAGACAGAGUCCGAGAUCCUUCUUCAAAUUGUUGCUGGUUCCGACACCACAGCUACCGCCAUCCGUUCCACGCUACUUUACGUUGCUACGAACCCGCAAGUUCUCGCCAGAAUGCGUCAAGAGUUUGAGGAUGCUCAUCUCCCGAGCUUCAUCAUUACUGACGAGACAGCACGUUCCAUGCCCUAUCUGCAGGCGGUCAUCAAAGAGGGACUGCGCAUCUUCCCGCCCGCCGGCGGCCUCAUGGCCAAGGAGGCCCCACAAGGAGGCCACCACUGGAAAGGAGUCUUUAUCCCUGGCGGUACGCGCGUUGGAUCAUGCGUUUGGGGCAUAUUUAGACGACAGGAUAUCUGGGGCAACGAUGCCAAUGAAUUUCGUCCAGAACGUUGGUUGGACAGCGCACCAGACAAGCUCCAGCGAAUGGAGGGAACGCUCGAGCUGAUAUUCAGCUAUGGGCGCUGGAAGUGUCUCGGUCGCCCGAUUGCGGUCAUGGAGUUGAAUAAAAUAUUCGUACAGAUUCUGCGGCAGUUUGAGGUUUCGAUAUGCGACCCGACAAAUCCUUGGAAAGUGUACAACUGUGGCAUAUUUUCGCAAAGCGACUUUUACGUGAGGUUCAGAAGACGAUGGUAA